UCCUAGGGGGGCUCGGCCCCGGCCCGCCCCUCUCCUCUCCCCUCCCUCCAAUUUCUCCUUCCUCCGGUUCCCCGGCCCCUCGGCGAGCGGCCGGUCCCGGUGCCCAUCCCGGCUCGUCGGGGAUGCUGCAGCCUCCCUCCCACCCCGGAGCGCUGCCCGGCGGCGCGGCCCCGAGGGUACCAUGAGCGGCGGCAGGUUUGAUUUCGAUGAUGGAGGCGCCUAUUGCGGGGGCUGGGAAGGGGGCAAAGCCCACGGGCAUGGCAUCUGCACCGGCCCCAAGGGCCAGGGCGAGUACUCAGGCUCCUGGAACUAUGGCUUCGAGGUGGUGGGCAUAUACACGUGGCCGAGUGGCAACACCUAUGAAGGCUACUGGUCCCAAGGCAAGAGGCAUGGCCUAGGAAUCGAGACCAAAGGACGGUGGGUUUACAGAGGAGAGUGGACCCAUGGCUGUAAGGGACGGUACGGUGCGAGGCAGAGCAUGAGCAGUGGAGCCAAGUAUGAAGGUACCUGGAAUAAUGGCCUGCAGGAUGGCUACGGCACUGAGACAUACGCUGAUGGAGGCACGUACCAGGGCCAGUUCACCAACGGCAUGCGGCACGGCUACGGUGUGCGGCAGAGCGUGCCCUACGGCAUGGCCUCGGUGGUGCGCUCCCCACUGCGCACAUCCUUGUCCUCCCUGCGGAGCGAGCACAGCAAUGGUACCCUGCCGCAGCAGGACUCGCCCGCUGCCAACGCUGAGAGCCUGCCCCUCUCACCCACCAUCACCCGCGGGGGCUUCGCCCUCAGCCUCUAUGCAGAGGUGGAACCUGGCAAGCCCAAGAAGGGGGGGCUCUUCCGCAGGGGCUCCUUGCUGGGGAAGCUGAAGAAGUCCGAGUCCAAGUCAUCCCUGUCCAGCCAGAAGAGCCGCGUCAGCUUCCUCAAGAGCGAGAGCGGGAUCAGCUCGGCCGCCAGUGAUGCCACCUCCACCGUCAGCCUGGGUGAGGGAGCUGAAGGUGAGGAGUACUCCCCCUUCGAGUCCGACAUCGAUGCCACCACCACGGAGACCUACAUGGGUGAGUGGAAGAACGACAAGCGCGCUGGCUUUGGUGUCAGCGAGCGCUCCAGCGGGCUCAAGUAUGAGGGUGAGUGGCUGGAUAACCUGCGGCACGGCUACGGCUGCACCACGCUGCCCAGCGGCAAGAAGGAGGAGGGCAAAUACCGCCACAAUGUCCUCAUCAAGGGCAUGAAGAAGCGUGUGAUACCCCUCAAGAGCGCCAAGAUCCGGCAGAAGGUGGACAGGAGCGUGGAGGGGGCUCAGAGGGCUGCGGCCAUCGCCCGGCAGAAGUCAGAGAUCGCAGCAUCCAGGACAGCUCAUGCCAAAGCCAAGGCUGAGGGGUCUGAGCAGGCAGCUCAGGCAGCUAACAACGAAUCGGGCAUAGCCAGAAUGAUGGCCAGGGAGCUCUCUCCAGACUUCUACCAGCCAGGCCCCGAGUACCAGAAGCGGAAGCUGAUGCACGAGAUCAUGGAGAACGCGGAGCAUGCCAUCAACAUGGAGGAGGAGGUUCCUCGGCCCGAGGGCGCCCCACCGCCCCCCACGCCCCCCGAGAGCCCCCAGCUCCACGAGCAGGACGAGGCCCGGGCCCCCCCCAGCCCCGCCGCCACCCCCCCGGAGGCCAAGCGGGCCAAGGCUGCUCCGCGCCAGGACGGUGCCCUCCGUCCGGGCAGCUGGGCCGAGCCCGCCGGGCGCUCGGGUGGCGGAAGCCCCGCACCCCCCGACGGCGAGGCCCGGCCGGGGUCCCGCGGCUGGGCGCGCCCGGCCGAGCAGAUGGAGAUCGAGCCGCUGCAGAGGAAGGCGCGCGAGCCCGACGGGGAGCACUUCCAGGGGUACCACAGCUACGCCGUCCGCACCUCCCCUGCCAUGGACUAUGAGGAGGAGCCGCUCAUCGAGCCCGAGCCGCCCUCCGCGGAGCCCCGAGGGGACGCCCAGCGCCGAGGGGACACCCCUGUCCCGCCGCAGGAGCGGGAGGAGAAGCCGGCGGCCAAACCGGAGAUCAAGCCGGAGCCACAGCGGGCCAAGGAGCCGAAGCAGCGCCCCAGCCCCGAGCGCAGGGUUGCGGGUCAGGCUGAGCCCACCGCGGACAAGAAGACUGAGGCCAAGGGGCCGCGGCGGAUAGAGCCCAAGGGGGGAGCCAAGGCGGUCCCUGGCCCGGUAGCGGCGGUGGCGGCAGCGCAGGAGGUGGAGGAGUACGAAGAGGGACCUAACACAAUCGUGAUCUGCAUGGUCAUCUUACUCAACAUUGGUCUGGCCAUCCUGUUUGUACAUUUCUUGACAUGAUGUGCCCCUCGGACAAGGCGUUGCUGCUGAUGGAGACCAUGGACCUUGGCGGGGAUUAAAUCUCAGCUGCCUGGAAACACCUAAGAGGAGGACUUUGAGAUCCCAAGGUAGCACUGCAAACAUCAACCUUAAAUGCAAGCACCUGAAGCUCAGUUCAGUCUCCCUGUUCCCAGGCUGUGGCUGGCCUCUGCAAUCUACCAAGGAAAAGCCAGGGUUUCUGCAAUUCAGCCUCCUUCUCUUCUUUGUAUGAAAUAGCAGUUGCCUUAAAUUAUUCUCACCAAAGCCAUCAACUGUCCUGUUGUGCCAGUGAUGAGGGAUUUACCUGUAGCUGUAGGAGAACAAGUGAGAAGGUCUUAUGUGUGCACACUGAUGUGUUUUGUAAUUCCUUUGGUUGACUUAGUGUCAGAGAUUUCCCAAAGACUAUCAUCCAUGGCUUGGAGAUGAAGCAAUACACAGCAACCAAAACGACUCAUUGGAGCUGUGCCAUGGCUAAGGGUGGACGUCACCCUCUGUGCUUGGAAAUCAUCCAAAGGGACAAACAAACGUCUUUGCUUUUCCCAUUGCCUGGAGUCGUUUUCCACGUAUGGAGGACUGAGAGGGGGAGCAAGUUGAAAUUGGGCUUGUUAAUGUGUAACCAGUCCUGCCCAUGCCUGUCGACGUGCCACGGAGGGGGGCUGCGGGAUGGGGUGUGAGGGACUGGCUGACCCAAGGCUGUUUGUGCAUGUGGAGGGUGCUGCAGGUGGACAUUGUGCCCGUGUCAGGACCAGGCACAGUCUGAGUACUCUCCUGCUACCAGCAAUACUCCGUACAGAAGCGUCUUGCAGUGGGAGAGUUCCCACUGUAACAGGAAAGGAAAUUGGUGUGCUGAAUCUGUCCCUUUGCCCCUUUGUAGUAUGAAAAUGGUGUGAGUUACAAGGAAAAGGAGGUACUUACUGAAAAAUACCUCUGCAUACCUGCAGGUUCCUCCCCUGGAUGUGCUGGGCUGCAGGGGGGCUCCUGGGCUCUCUCACUGUGACAGAGUGAACAGACUUCCCAGCCAGAGGAUGCAGGGUGGCUGUUGUGGGAGCAGUUACGUUAUUCCUGAAAGAAAAAAAGGUGCAGAGACCCGAGUGACUCCAGUGUAUUUGGGUUUUAGGCUCACAUAUACACAGCAGCCAGACUUCCAGCAGUGGGAGAGCACAGUGGGGCAAUUCUAGCUGUUGUUUUGUGUGCAAGGCUUAGAGGCCUAGGUGGUUUGCACCUAUUCUUCCCAAAGCUGCUACAGAGAGUGACCUUUGGAAGGAGAUGUUCCCACCAUGACCUGCUCUGAUCCUUAGCAGUGCAAACUUAGAAAGUCAGUGCAGCUGAUACUACAGUUUAGUGUGAGGCUGAGUGCUUGGAUGUGUUUCUUCCUUCUUUAAGAGCAUUAUGUAUUUUCUAUCCAUUUUUAAGAUAAUUGGUAAUGUUAUUUAUAGUUGGUUGUGCACCUCUGUGUAUCCUGAAGUCCCACAGCACAGGACUGGGCAGGAAAACCUAAGUGACUGGAAAGAAUGGGGAAAUGAUGGUUAAGGAAAAAAAACCAGAUGCCCAGUCUGCUCCAAAGGUCAAUCUGAAAGGAUUUCUGAGACAGAGUGACAGACACACAGGGUUUUACACUGACUGGAGACACAGGGCAAAACCUGCCUCGUUUAUCAACUCUAAUUAUGGCAUAAGACAAUGAGAAUAAUUGAGUACUUUUAUUUGCGAACCAAGUUUAUUUUUUAACCUUAUUGAGCUCAGGAAUGUUGUCACAGUAGCAAAUACGUGGUGUUAACUGUGGGAGAAGUGAAUGUGAUCCCUUUAUAAAAGCCAUGUGGCUGUACCAGUCCUGAGAAAGCUGUGCAGCACCAUCGACACUUCCACAGAGCAUAGUUUAGUACCAAUUUUCUUUUUUCCCCCCUUUUCUUAUCUAUAAAUGUAUUGCAAACCCCAGGCUCUGCUGCCUUUGAUGUUUUGUCUCCAUUUGCUGGUAUUUGCUUGCCAGCUCUGCAGUUUCAAUAUGCCAACUGAUUUUAUUAGCCAUGAAGACAAUUUCCAUUGAGAGACCUGAGGGGCUUUUAUUCAUCACUUAGCACAAAAAUGGAUCUUUUUCAACAGUGCUAAGGUAAUUCCCCCUCCUCCCAUCCCAUUUUUUUUAUGCAUGUGAUAUGCACUCAGUAAUGUGCUUUCCUUCUAGUAACCUUCUGAGAAAAGUAGGUAGAGUUGCUUUUAUGUGACUUAUAAAUAUAUCCAUAUUGUGCUGAGAUAUGGAUAUAUACACAUUCAUACAUAUAGCCCCUUAGGGAUUUUGUUUUCUUAGAUGCAAAAUUACAGAUUUACCUCAAACUGCAUGCUUUCAAAACUGACUAGGAUAUUGUGGUAUACUUUCAGGUCUUACAAAGAUGCAGAUACAUUUCACUCUUCACACAAAAAUACCUUCAGCACAGGUUUUGCAAGCUGUUUACUACAAUCUGUGUGCUACUGUCCAGAGUUUUCUGUCGGUUGUUCUGCUGGAUUACGUGCAAUAAUAAAGUUAUCUGCUCACUGUA